AUCAAAAUAUAGCCAGGCCAAACAGAGAUCCUAAUAUUUUACAGAAAACAGAAAUGGAUCUUUUAUGACUUUUAAAAAGAUGGCUCCUGAUCUUAAGAGGAAAUUAGGCUGGGUUUAUCACCUGGCAUAGCGUUAGCACUAAGGAAGAAUUUACAGAAUGUUCUAGAUGGGUCUUGUUUAAGGAAAGGGUGAGAGUUGUGGGCAUGAGAAGUGGGAGCAGAGAGUGUCUUUGGGUGGAAGUUUCCACCAUGAGCUGGUGCUGAUUACCAUGAGGGGCAAUUCCUGCCUGUUGUUUGUUCUCCAACCCUGUACCUGAGGGGGACCAGGUCCUGAAUAGAGUGGAUCACAGGAAUUUCUCUGCCCUUGGCCCACCUCCCUAUGGUCCCUCUGUCUCAGGCAGAUGGACGUAGAAGGCCCAGUGUCUGGGGUGGGGAAAUCAGUCAGGGGUGUCCUGAUGUUUUUGUCACAGUGUCCAGUUGGGUUCCAGGUCCAUGGUGUCCUGAACAAAGAAUUGAGCUACACACACAAGUAACAGCACGUUUCCUGGAGCAAGUUUCACAUGAGUGUCAUUUCUCCAACGGGACGGAGCGGGUGCGGUUCCUGGACAGAUACUUCUACAACCGGGAGGAGUACGUGCGCUUCGACAGCGACGUGGGGGAGUUCCGCGCGGUGAGCGAGCUGGGGCGGCGGUCAGCCAAGUACUGGAACAGCCAGAAGGACCUCCUGGAGGAUGAGCGGGCUGCGGUGGACAACUACUGCCGACACAACUACGGGGUUGUUGAGAGCUUCACUGUGGAGCGGAGAGGUGAGUGCUGGGCCGGGAGAGAGAAAGGGUGUGUGUGU